AUGGCAUCGAGGUGGGGGUUUGUGGGCCUCGUGUUGUUCACAGUUACGCUGUUCCUCUUUUCGAGUCGAGUUGUUGCGCGCCCGCUGUCGGCGUCCUUCAAGACCCAUCCGAUUAGAACUCUUACUGUUCAACGGAAUUCGUUCCAUGAUGUCACCCAUUCCACGCCAUCUGAGGUCUCUCGGCGUAGCCCUCGUCUGUAUCUACGCAGUCCCAAAUUCGACCCGAAAAAGAUCCUCUCCGUCUUCUCCCCAUCAACCCCCGAACAGAAACAAGCCAAACUCGCCGAAAAGAUCGCCGCCGCCCAGGCGAGAUGGGCAGCCGAGAAGGAGGAGCAGCGAGUCAAGGCGCUCAGGAAGGAUUCCUUGACUGUUGUUUCGUGUAAAUGUGGAUCGUUGAAGGAUAGAGCGGUCAGGAGGAUUCAGGAGGCGUGGAAGGGGGAUUCGAGGUUGCACAAGUUUGGGCAAGUUCAGAUUAGCGUCUCGGAUGCGGGGGUGGCCACUGCGAGAUAUUAUAAUGGCGACAAGGUGACGGAUGGUGGUGCUGUUAACUACAAAUUGUAA